AGUCAGUUGCAUUUUAAUCGAGUAGACGGAAGCAUGUGGACGCUGUUGGCUCUCGUUCUCGUUGCUGGAGCUCUGAUUUAUUCCCGGCUGCUUGAGCAUUAUGACUACUGGCGUCGCAAAGGCGUGGCCGGGGAAAAGCCUGUACUUUUCCUUGGCAACAUGAGUGGCCUUGGCAAGGGGCUACACUGGACAGACAUCAAUCGUCGAAUCUAUGAAAAGUUCAGCAAAACAGAACGCUUCUGCGGCUACUUCACCUUCUUUAGCAAAGCUUUCUUUGUGAUGGACCUGGAACUGAUUAAAAAAAUAACGAUAAGUGAUUUUAACAGCUUCGCGGACCGUGGACUCUUUCACAAUGUUAAGGACGAUCCGUUGACGGGAAACCUUCUAUUCCUGGACGGGCCCGAGUGGCGCUGGCUGCGACAGAACCUGACGCAGGUCUUCACCUCCGGAAAGAUGAAGUUUAUGUUCCCCACCAUGCUGAGCGUGGGGGAAAAGCUCACCCAGGCUUGCGAGCUGCAAGUGGGUGAAAUAGAGGCCAAGGACUUGUGUGCUCGCUUUAGCACAGAUGUCAUUGGAAGCUGUGCUUUUGGCCUGGAGUGCAACAGCCUCAACGAUCCCAAUUCGGAAUUCCGUCGCAUGGGCCGUUCAGUGACCACUAAUCCGCUUCACACGGGCAUGGUGCAGGGCUUCAUGUUUGCCCAGCCCAAAUUGGCGCGGAUGCUACAUAUGCGCCUCUUCCGCCCCGAGGUGAGCGAGUUCUUCUUGGACACAGUCCGCCAGACACUGGCCUACAGGAAGAAGGAGAAUGUGCAGCGCAGUGAUUUGAUACAACUGCUAAUGGAUCUGGGGGAAGAGGGGACCAAGGAUGGGCUGUCCUUCGAACAGAUUGCCGCUCAAGCCAUGGUGUUCUUCCUGGCCGGCUUUGACACUUCCUCGACAACAAUGUCCUUCUGCCUAUAUGAAUUGGCCUUGAACCCCGAUGUUCAGGACAGAUUGCGCAGUGAAAUCCUAGAGGUUCUAGCCAAGAACAAUCACCAGCUGACAUAUGAGUCUAUUCAGGAGAUGCCGUACCUGGAUCAAGUUGUGGCAGAGACACUACGAAAGUACCCCAUACUGCCGCAUAUUGUGCGACAAACUACCAAAAAAUAUGCUGUGCCGGACAGCAGACUUACUUUGGAGCCAGGCACGAGAGUGAUGAUCCCCGUGCACAGCAUACAGCACGACCCAGAGCUUUAUCCAGAGCCGGAAAACUUUGACCCAAGUCGCUUCGAACCGGAUCAGGUAAAGGCCCGUCACCCGAUGGCCUACUUGCCAUUUGGCGAAGGUCCACGUAAUUGCAUCGGAGAGCGCUUCGGGAAAAUGCAGGUGAAAAUUGGAAUUACCUACAUUCUACGCGAUUUCCAAUUCCGCCAAUCCGAGCGUACACAGAUCCCAUUGAAGUUCUCCAGUCGGACGUUUCUUAUAGGAACCCAAGAAGGUAUUCACCUGAUAAUGGAAAAACUGGCCGCACCCUAAUAUAUGAUAGUGACUUCCAAAAUUGCAUGUUAUCUACAAAUGCACAAGGCCCUUUAUCUGAUUAAUAAAGAGCUUUAGACACAAAGAGAGAAAUACGAAAUAUAAAGUGAGCGGAGAGCCAGACAAAAGCACUGCGCUUUAAGAAGCAAACACCCUCACAGUGCACUCAUUGCACUCAUAAGAG